AUGUCGAAACGGCCGGCGGACAAAUCUGAUGGAGAUUCUAUAGCAUCUAAAAUAUCAAAAUCAAAUAUCGAGGAAACGUCUGAGAAGGCAGUAACUGCAAGCUUGAAAACUGUGAAGAAAUGGCAAAAAGAACUUAAUGUUGACCUCGAUAUUGUUAUGGGUGAUUCGUCAACCGUGACUCAAAUGGCCUGCAAAACAUGUAAAAUGUUUGCACCUGCAGACAGUGUAUCUAAGUUUGUGACUGGUACAACUAGAAUAAAGGUAGAGUCAUUGAAGUCUCACCUGAAGUCUGUGUUACACCUUAGAGCUGUUGAUGCGAAAUUAGCUGCAUUGAGGAAAAGCAAUAAUAAGCCAUCAAAAGUAGAAGAGGGUUUUCAGAAAAUAGAUGCCUCUACAUCAGACAAAAUGUGCCUACUCUUCAAAACAGCAUACCAUGUAGCUGUAUAUGAGAAACCUUUUACAGACUUUGAAAGACUGAUUGAACUGCAAAAUGCUAAUGGUAUUUCUUUAGGGGACACAUAUGUAAAUGAUAAAAGUGCAAAGAAAUUUAUUUCUGAAAUAGGAGGGGAGUAUCGUGACAAUGUUUAUAGUUUAUUGCAUGAUGCUGACUACUUUAGCGUUUUCUGUGAUGGGUCAACUGACAGAACAGAAACUGAAAAAGAGGUCAUUAUGAUUAAAGUGCUUGAAAACUAUUAUCCUAAAAUGAAAUACUUAAAGCUAGAACAGCCAGAAAACACAAAAGCAACAGGUAUAUUGGAGGCUAUAAAUAAGGCAUUUACUGAAUUUGACUUGCGUGAUUACAAACAGAAGACAGUAGGGUUUUGUUCAGAUGGUGCAAAUGUAAUGAUGGGGUCUCGACGUGGUGUAAUAAGUUUAAUGAAGGAAGAAGGCAAUGCUGAUUGGAUUUUGUCUGUUUGGUGUUUAGCACAUAGGUUAGAAUUAGCUGUAAAAGACUCUUUCAAAGGUACUUAUAUGGACACUGUGAUAGAGAUGCUUACUUCAAUAUAUCUGUUUUACAAGGGUUCAGCUAAGCGAAACAAAGAAGCAACUGAUAUUGCUGAAUUACUGGGAGAACAUUUCCUCAAGCCAGAAAAGACUAAUGGUACAAGGUGGGUCAGCCAUAAGCUGAAAGCUGUAACUAAGCUUCUGAAAAAUUGGCCUAUUAUAGUGUUUCAAAUGGAAAACUAUGCUGAGGAUGUGAGUAAUAAGGCUGAGGACAGGGCUAAAGUAAGAGGGUACCUCAAACUAUUAAAACAACAUAAAAUGAUAAUGUACAUGGCUUUUGUGCAAGAUGUCCUUAAUGAAAUAUCUAAAAUCAGUUUAUUGUUUCAGCGUGAUGAUAUCACUGUAUACAGUGCAGUUACUAAAUUACAGAGUGCUGAGGGAAAUCUAAGGCAACUAUUUGACAAUGAUGGCCCAGCUUUAGUAGAAAUAAAACAUGAAAUUCAGGGCAACCAGUUUCGUGGACAUACUUUAUUAAAUAUGCUAGCUGAUGAUUCGUGUGCACUGACCACUGACAAACAAAGAAUUGUUCAGUCAGUUAUAGACUGCAUAUCUACAAGGUUUGACAACAUACUGUCUGAUAGCAUAUAUCUAUCAUGUAAUGCUUUUGACCAUAAAAAUUGGCCACUUAUAACUGACAGAGCUGCUCUACUUCUUUAUGGCAUUGAUGAUGUGAGAGUUGUGUAUAGACAUUUUACAUCUGUGCUUCAGAAUGCCAAUUGUGACUUGGUUAAUGCUCUCAGUCAAUGGAAUGACUUAAAGAUACAUGUGGCUAGCACUGCUCGGUACCAAGUUAUGCACCCACUUUUAGUGUGGCAGUUGGUCAGUCAGGAAGACACUGAUAAGGGAGAUUACAAGGACAUAUUGAAGAUUAUACAUUUAACAAGUGUUUAUCCCUUAUCCAAUGCCUCCUGUGAACGUGCAUUUUCUACUAUGAAACGCAUCAAAACUGACUGGCGAUGUAACCUUGGUGUGGAUAUGAUGGACACCCUUAUGAGAAUUUCUGUUGCCAACAUCAGCUUCAAAGACUUUGAUCCUAGACCAGCAGUCAGGAGAUGGUGGCUCAAUGGUCAGAGAAAGAAGAGGCCAUCUACCACUCCAUAUGGCCCAAGAACUUGA